GGAGAGUCCUCCUUGUCAAGAAGGCGGAUGCCGGCUGGAAGAGAGGGACAGAAAGGCUCCAGCAUCAAGAGCAAUGCGAGAUCAAGGAUAGAGCUAAGGCUAAGUGAGAUAAGAGAUUCCAGGUUAAAUAAAAAGACGGUUUUACUGCAGAUUCUUGAUUCUGUCUUCUCAUGAACAUGUCAGUCCUGGCUUUGCAAGAAUACGAAUUUGAAAGACAGUUUAACGAGAAUGAAGCCAUUCAAUGGAUGCAAGAAAACUGGAAGAAGUCAUUCUUGUUCUCUGCUCUCUACGCUGCUUUUAUAUUUGGUGGCAGACACCUGAUGAAACAGCGUGAAAAGUUUGAAUUACGAAAACCUCUAGUGCUCUGGUCAAUGAGCCUUGCAGUCUUUAGUAUUUUUGGUGCUGCCCGCACAGGGGGAUUUAUGGUGUAUAUCCUGAUGACCAAAGGGCUAAAGCAGUCCGUUUGCGAUCAGAGUUUCUACAACGGACCAGUCAGCAAAUUCUGGGCUUAUGCAUUUGUGCUAAGCAAGGCUCCUGAGCUAGGAGACACAAUCUUCAUUAUACUGAGGAAACAGAAGCUCAUCUUCCUGCACUGGUACCACCACAUCACUGUGCUCCUCUACUCCUGGUACUCGUACAAGGACAUGGUGGCCGGGGGGGGCUGGUUCAUGACCAUAAACUACCUGGUGCAUGCAGUCAUGUACUCCUACUACGCCUUGCGAGCAGCUGGCUUCCGGGUUUCCCGCAAGUUUGCCAUGAUCAUCACCCUCACGCAGAUCACCCAAAUGGUGGUGGGCUGCGUAGUCAACUACCUGGUCUUCUCCUGGAUGCAGCAAGGGCAGUGUCCGUCACAUGUGCAGAACAUUGUGUGGUCCUCCCUCAUGUACCUCAGCUACUUUGUGCUCUUCUGCCAUUUCUUCUUUGAGGCGUAUGUCCACAAGAGCAAAAAAAACACAGGCAAAGUUGAUUAGAACUGAGGAAAAGGACCCAAUUCAUAGCUCAGGGGCUGGAGGUGAUUUAUGCAUCACAGGGAGGGAGGGGGGGGAGGUUGAAUGUUGUCGUUAAAAUGGAGCGUGGAAGCAUAUCUGCCAAAGCUUACACAUCACAGCCUGCCCAACAGCAAGCUUGGUUUAACCCAGUAAAUGUGUGAACCUUUACUUUUCAAGGUUUAAGGACUCUUGUGUUAUCUACACUAAAAAAAAUGAUGAGCAAAUAAUGGACCAAUAAUGAAAGAUGCUUGUCAGUACUAACUAGCGCUGCAAAUUAAAGAAAAGUCAUGAAAUUAUAUCCCUGGGGGGGGGGGGGGGGGGGGGGGGAUUUCUGAUGCAGUUUUUAUUUUGUUUCAAUUCCUCCCCUCCCCCUAUGAAGCAAAUUUUAGAUGUGUUGAAAGGAAUAUAGGUAAUAACACCUAUAAGUGAGGUAAAUUUAUGGUUACAUGCUUUUUCAUCUACACAGGAACCCUUCUGAUGUUAAUUGUGUGGAAAUAUUGAAAUGCAAUGUGACUAUUGCAAACUUCUUAACCUUCAUUUAAUUGGGCUUAUUACUUUGGAGAUAUUCCGCAAUAUUGUCUAUUUUCAACACAUUUUGUAGUAUUGAUUUUAAUCUGACUAAAAUAUUAAUACUAAACUGUGCUAUCCCUUUUAAAAAUAUUUUAAGUUGUAUGAUCAAAAUAACAUAACCAAUAAUGAAGAUAAUCUCAAAUUGAAAUUAUCCCAAAAGGGAAACCACCAUUUACUACUGCGGCAUCUGCCUUUUUUAAAAUUUUCUUUUUACUUCUCUGCUUCAUUUACAGUUACACAACACGUGGAAGUAAUGGCCUUUCACACAGACAAUAUAGUCCACAGAGUUACUAUAGUAUAUAUGUAAGAUGCAGUACUGAAUUCCUAUUUUGAAAGAAAAAAAAACAGUAUGAAAUAAAAAUGGGAGAGGUUAGCGGAACUUCUAACAAAUUGACAGUUCAAUUGACCUUUUUAAAACUAUUCUAAGGUACUGACACUAGAAAGUCAAUAGUACAAAUGGCGAUGAACUGAUAAGCAAUGCAGUCAGCUGUUGUGAUGCUUUUGAUUAUUACUUAAGCCAGAAAUGUGGCUAUACAGUAUUUAAAAAAAAAAAAAAAAAACGGUGUUUAGCUUUAAAAUUACCAGCCAAGGAUAACGAAGGAAGGCUAUGCCCUGUUAUUAAAAUAAAUAAAUAAAAAUUGUGGGAGGGGUGGGUUAUUAGUUAACAUAUCAAAUAUUGUUUGUAGUAAUUCGUACAACCAGAAGUAUUAUCUUAUGCACUAUUUACAUUAAAUGUGUUGGAUAACGUUUAGGUAGGUAGUAAGCAAAACACCGAUUCCAUUGUUUAAGUGGGGGAAACUUUACAGUCUUAUUGUAUUUUAAUUUCAUUUUAUCUAAGAGCCCUUUGAUACAUUAGUUCUUCACAGGGCAGAGUCUUUCUUUAACCAUACCUAGGUCUGAGUUCUUUUUAUUUUUGUCUAAUAUACACACACUGUCAAGUACGUUAGUUUGUGCACCUUCAAAAAGUCAUAUACCCUUGAGGUAGAUUAAAUGCAUGGCUAGUUUGUUAGUUAGGUAGCAGCUUGAAUCUGCUGAAUCUAAAUACAGCUAACCAUAUCUGCUAAUGAAAGAAACUUCCACCCUUGGUAGCAUCCCAGAGUUUAACCUCAUAGUUCAAGAAACCAAAAAAAGUACAGUAGUUUCCUAGUGUUAUUAUGUGCUUUUAUGAUGUGAUUACUUGAUGUAAGUGUUGUUAAGAGGUUAGAUAUCAUAAACCUGUUGUUUUUAUUAAGAGCAAAUGUUUAGACAUUUUAAAUAAAAAAAUAAUUAUUACACAAUACUAUUCUUUACAGUGACGUGCACAGGAAAUCGACGUAACAGAAGCACAUAUAAAAAUCUGGAUAUUAUUGUAUGUAACCUAUGAAUAGAAAUUUGCUCAAAGAACAUAUAUAUUAUCCUGAAUCAACCCUACAUUUUAAAGAAAUGUUUGCAAACAACAAUUUAGAGGGACAUAAUGUGCUGCUAUAAAAUAUAUUUUACAUUGAAGGCUUUUCUAAAAAGAUACAAGGACUGUGUGAUUUCGAUUGAUUGAUUGAUCGUCCAGGGCCUAUUCCACUGACUUAAAAAGGGACGUGUAAAACACCAUAUGAAAAAUGAAGUAUAAAUUCUGCUAGUUUAGUAAGAAUGUCAGUCAGAGUAUUGCUAGCCUAUGAAUUUUCCAGUUUCUGAGUACUGCUCAUGGAGAACUGUUUGAGUGGCUCGGUCUGUCUGUACCACUGUUGCCAUCCAUGCAAAGACUGGAUAUGUCUGUACAUUAGAAGACAAUGUAUCGCAUUAUUUGAAAGUAUUCUGAAUGCACCAUAUUAUCAAUCCUUGCCCAUUAUAGGCAAACCAGUUGUGAUUAGCUGUGUACUACAGCACUGAAUUAAUGAGGUAAUACAGUAACUAUUUUAUAGAGAUUUUGUGUGUGUGUGUGCACAACCCAAUCUCACUGGAUGCUUUUUCGUUCACAAGGAAAGCACUGUAUUAUGCUGUAACAUUCUAUGAAGUUUUUCCUGAGGAUUGCUUUUUUUACAGUAAUUUUGUAACAGUUAUGUUGGAGCGUACAGACAAAGUCCCUGCUUACCUGUCUAAAACAUUCACCCACACAAACCUGUGAUAUGGCAGCUGUUAAAUCUUGCACUCACCGUGUACCCAUUUGUUCAGGCUAAUUGUGUCUUUGUUUUGUCUGUUUCACUUUGUUCUGUGUAUUAGCUGCACGUUCAACAUCGUAAUGGAUUAACACCCCUGUUUACCUGUAGACAUUGGAUUCUAUUUGUCAGCCUGUAUCAUUAAAAUACAUUCUCAAAUAACAAAAAA